AUGAGCUCGGCGCGCAGGUACUCGUCCCAGACUCGACCAAAAACAUACCAACCCACCCUCCAUGGCCUUCUCUCCCUCCCACAUCGGCUGUGCCACCCUCCACAAGCCGUGGGCAAGGUCAGGUCAUGCGGUAUGACACCCAUAUACAAAGUUCGCCUCGAGGAUGUUUUGAAUAGGAAGCAUCUGCCACCUCUUGGCUUGAAGGAUUUCGAGGAAUGGCUGCUGUAUGUCGAGCUAUGCCCGGAAAAUCUUUACUUUGUGCUAUGGUUGCGAGAGUACACUGUUCGCUACGAGCACUGGGUUCGAACCUGCAAGACACACAGAGAGUCUAGCGAUUAUCGCGUAUCGUGGCCCUUAGAAUCUUCAUCUCAACUUGCCAUGUUCUACGCCCGUGCAAAGCAGACCUUCUUCACCGCCAACUCAGAUUACGAACUUAACGUCCCAUCCGACAUCCUCACGCCAUUCCAUCUUCAAAAUGGCUCCCUUCACCCCGACCCUGCUGUUUUUGGCGAAGUCUCCGCGGAGGUGAACAAAAUGCUGCAAGAAAGCUUGGAUAGAUUUGUCCUCGCAGCUUAUAAUAACGUCGGAAAUAAUCGAGUUCUGUGUGGUAUGAUCGCUGGUGUAACGUUCACACUGAUCGGCGGCCUCCCUCCCCUCGCCGCCAACUUCGCGCUGGGUGCAUCCCGGUGGCUACGCCUUGUUGCCAUCCCCGGUAUAUGGCUAGGACUCACUAUCUUCCUAGCUGCAUUCUAUGGGGUGUGCCUGGGGAUCUACAUUUUUGGUGAUUUCCGUCAGUUGCGCAAGUUCGAGCUAGCCAGGCCACCAAUAUCACGUCCCCAAACAUUGACGCAUAAUCUACGAGCCCGACCUAUCAUUUCCUCCCCUUUAGUCGCCCCCGUCGCUCCGCGGCAUCCUCCUUCCACUCCUCCAACACUCCCAAUCCCACCCCCACCCCAGCCGGCCCGCCUCAUUAUCCCCUCACCACCCGUUGCUCACGUUAACGACUCCAACCCUAUCCUCUCACGCUCACCCCGUGCCCGCACUCCCAGCAUCUACUCCAACUCCUCCUGCUCCUCUUCCUCUUCUUCAUCCUCUCGUACAUCCUCCGAAUCCCCUGGUGCCGAAAUCCACAUUUCGCCAGCUUACUAUGACCCGGACCCGAUCGAAGGCCCUGCAACAACACCCAUCUCCCUCGAUGUCAACUACGAAUUCCCCCCAGGCGGUAAAUCGGCCCACGACAUCGACGAUGAUAUGACGUCGUUCGCUACCACAGCCUCCUUCAUACACCCCUUCGAUUCAGUGGGUUUAAACUCGAUGGAUUUCGAGAAGCAUCCACCGGAGGAUCAUCAGCCUAUAUCACCUUUUGAUUUCGAUUCGUUGCCCUCUCGGCGGUCGGCGGUGGUGAUGAUACAACCUGAGCGCGCGCCUUGGGGUGGAGCUUCGAAGUUUUCGCUGAGGGCGAUGAUGGCUGGGAUACAGAUGUGGUGCACGGGGAAUAGGUGGUUGCUUUCCGUUGAUAAUGUCGCUAGGGGUGUGGAUUUAGAGAAGGGGGAAGGUGUAAUAGCUCCUGAGGGUAUUAGCGAGAAAGAAUCCAGGCGCAGUAGUGUUCAUAUUUCCGAUCCCCCAAUACCACCACAUCUCCCCCCACCUCCUCACCCACAAUCCUCACAACAACCUCGAUCUACACAAGACCCACCCACACCCACAGAACUGAAAGACGCAAUCGUUCAUGCAAUUGCGCACACGCCUGUAGAAGCACGCGUACGGACUCAAUUCAAGUUAGUGAAAGCCGUACCGGCGUUCGCAUCGCCGCUAACGAAAGUCUUGAACCCGAUUGUGGUGAGGGGACAGUGGGAGAUUGUAGUUAGGUCGGCGGCGUUGGCGUUCUUGUUAAGUUGGGUGGUUGUGGGGAGUUUGGUCGCUAUUCCCGUGCGGAGAUGA